AUGUUUACCGAUAUUCAACCUUCUGUGGAAGGUUUGGCCUCCUAUGUGGAGAAAGACCGUCUGUUGGACGACAAACCCAACUUGUACCCAAUCUUUAAGUACAUGGCUACUGAGGACUUGACAGUUCAUCUGGCCUACUUGAAGCUUGCCGACUUGAACAAUUCUGACCGCUCGGUAUCGUUUAUGUUUGAAUCCUCUGUUAACGGAGACUCUGUGGACCGUUAUUCAUUCAUUGGUAUUAGUCCCCGGAAAAUCAUCAAAACAGGCGAUGACGCCAGCGUUUACCCCGAUGGCUUCUGCAACGUGGACCCAAUCACUAUUUUGGAAAAAGAGUUGUCACAAUAUAAGCAGGCACAGCUUCCAGGUUUGCCCAUGUUGAGUGGAGGAGCCGUUGGAUACAUUUCUUACGACUGUAUCAAGUACUUCGAGCCUAAGACCCGCCGCCCGUUGAAGGACACCUUGAAGGUACCAGAGGCAGUGUUGAUGCUCUGUGACCUAAUAGUGGCAUACGACCACGUCUACCAGAGAUUUCAGAUCAUCAACAACGUUAAGGUGGACGACAACACCAACUUGGAGGAAGCAUAUGAAGCAGCAGCGGAAGAGAUCGCCAAGGUGGAGGCCAAGUUGAAGGAGCACAAGACUUGGGAGCAAUUGAACCCCAUCCAGCCACCUAUCAAGCCUAACCAGACAUUCACCUCUAAUAUUGGCCAAGAAGGUUACGAGCUGCAUGUCACCAAGUUGAAGGAGCACAUCAAGCUUGGAGAUGUGAUUCAAGCUGUGCCCUCGCAGAGAGUGGCCAGACCUACGUCUUUGCAUCCAUUCAACAUCUACCGUCACUUGAGAACCGUCAACCCUUCGCCCUACUUGUUCUACAUUGACUUGCUUGAUUUCCAGAUCAUUGGAGCCUCGCCAGAGCUUUUGGUCAAAUGUGACAGUAAGAGCAAAAUCGUGACGCAUCCAAUUGCUGGAACUAUUCAGAGAGGAAAGACUAACGAGGAAGACGAGCAGAAUGCGCAGAUCUUGAGAUCGAGCUUGAAGGACCGUGCAGAGCACAUCAUGUUGGUGGAUUUGGCCCGUAACGAUGUCAACAGAGUUUGUACUCCCGAAAGUAACCGUGUGGAGAGAUUGUUGACCAUUCAGAGAUUCUCGCAUGUGAUGCAUCUCGUUUCUGAGGUGACCGGAACUUUAAGAAGCGACAAGACCAGAUUUGAUGCCUUCAGAUCCAUUUUUCCCGCUGGAACUGUGAGUGGAGCUCCUAAGGUCAAGGCAAUGGAGAUCAUUGGCGACUUGGAGAAGGAGAAGAGAGGUGUUUACGCUGGAGCUGUUGGCCACUGGGGCUACGACGGUAAGACGAUGGACACAUGCAUUGCGUUAAGAACAAUGUUGUUCAAGGAUGGUGUUGCAUACUUGCAAGCUGGAGGAGGAAUUGUUUUCGACAGUGAUGAGUACGACGAGUACAUGGAGACGAUGAACAAGAUGAGAGCCAACAACAAUACAAUUGUUGAGGCAGAGAAAAUCUGGAUCCAGAAGGUUGGAAGCGAGUAG